ACAUGAGCAGAUGCUUCUCUAUUUCAUCAGACGCCAUGAACUUGGAGCAGACGGGACAAUGGAAACCUGGAGCCGCAAAAGAAGAGGAAGAUGAAGACCCAGAUGUGCUGAAGGUUGUGAUCUGUCGGCUGCCUGCGGCCAAGCUGGCGUCUGGGACCCUCAAAGCCUCCGAGACCUUGGACGCAUGCAGGGAAACUUGCUAUGUGGCUUUAGAACUUGGAGAGGGUGCAUCUUUGCCGGACACCCCUACUAGAACUUGGAGAGGGUGCGUCUUUGCCGGACACCCCUACUAGAACUUGGACAGGGUGCAUCUUUGCUGGACACCCCUACUAGAACUUGGAGAGGGUGCGUCUUUGCCGGACACCCCUACUAGAACUUGGAGAGGGUGCGUCUUUGCCGGACACCCCUACUAGAACUUGGACAGGGUGCAUCUUUGCCGGACACCCCUACUAGAACUUGGACAGGGUGCAUCUCUGCCGGACACCCCUACUAGAACUUGGGGAGGGCGCGUCUUUGCCAGACACCCCCACUAGGGUACAUCUUUGCCGGACACCCCCACUAGGGUGCGUCUUUGCCGGACACCCCCACUAGAACUUGGAGAGGGUGCGUUUUUGCCGGACACCCCUACUAGAACUUGGGGAGGGUGCGUCUUUGCCAGACACCCCCACUAGGGUACAUCUUUGCCGGACACCCCCACUAGGGUGCGUCUUUGCCGGACACCCCCACUAGAACUUGGAGAGGCUGCGUCUUUGCCGGACACCCCCACUAGAACCUGGAGAGGGUGCGUCUUUGCCGGACACCCCCACUAGAACUUGGAGAGGGUGCGUUUUUGCCGGACACCCCUACUAGAACGGGGAGGGUGCGUCUUUGCCAGACACCCCCACUUGGGUACAUCUUUGCCGGACACCCCCACUAGGGUGCGUCUUUGCUGGACACCCCCACUAGAACUUGGAGAGGGUGCGUCUUUGCCGGACACCCCCACUAGGGUGCGUCUUUGCCGGACACCCCCACUAGAACUUGGAGAGGGUGCGUGUUUGCCGGACACCCCCACUAGGGUGCGUCUUUGCCGGACACCGCCACUAGAAAUUGGAGAGGGUGCGUCUUUGCCGGACACCGCCACUAGAACUUGGACAGGGUGCGUCUUUGCCGGACACCGCCACUAGAACUUGGACAGGGUGCGUCUUUGCCGGACACCCCCACUAGGGUGUGUCUUUGCCGGACACCCUUACUAGAACUUGGAGAGGGUGCGUCUUUGACGGACACCGCCACUAGGGUGCGUCUUUGCCGGACACCCCUACUAGAACUUGGACAGGGUGCAUCUUUGCCGGACACCCCUACUAGAACUUGGAGAGGGUGCAUCUUUGCCGGACACCCCUACUAGAACUUGGAGAGGGUGCGUCUUUGCCAGACACCCCCACUAGGGUACAUCUUUGCCGGACACCCCCACUAGGGUGCGUCUUUGCCGGACACCCCCACUAGAACUUGGAGAGGGUGCGUCUUUGCCGGACACCCCCACUAGGGUGCGUCUUUGCCGGACACCGCCACUAGAAAUUGGAGAGGGUGCGUCUUUGCUGGACACCGCCACUAGAACUUGGACAGGGUGCGUCUUUGCCGGACACCGCCACUAGAACUUGGACAGGGUGCGUCUUUGCCGGACACCCCCACUAGAACUUGGAGAGGGUGCGUGUUUGCCGGACACCCCCACUAGGGUGCGUCUUUGCCGGACACCGCCACUAGAAAUUGGAGAGGGUGCGUCUUUGCCGGACACCGCCACUAGAACUUGGACAGGGUGCGUCUUUGCCGGACACCGCCACUAGAACUUGGACAGGGUGCGUCUUUGCCGGACACCCCCACUAGGGUGUGUCUUUGCCGGACACCCCCUCUAGGGUGCGUCUUUGCCGGACACCCCCACUAGGGUGUGUCUUUGCCGGACACCCCCACUAGGGUGUGUCUUUGUCGGACACCCCCACUAGGGUGUGUCUUUGCCGGACACCCCCUCUAGGGUGCGUCUUUGCCGGACACCGCCACUAGGGUGCGUCUUUGCCGGAACCCCCCACUAGGGUGCGUCUUUGCUGGACACCCCCACUAGAACUUGGAGAGGGUGCGUCUUUGCCGGACACCCCCACUAGGGUGCGUCUUUGCCGGACACCCCCACUAGAACUUGGAGAGGGUGCGUGUUUGCCGGACACCCCCACUAGGGUGCGUCUUUGCCGGACACCGCCACUAGAAAUUGGAGAGGGUGCGUCUUUGCCGGACACCCCUACUAGAACUUGGAGAGGGUGCGUGUUUGCCGGACACCCCCACUAGGGUGCGUCUUUGCCGGACACCGCCACUAGAAAUUGGAGAGGGUGCGUCUUUGCCGGACACCGCCACUAGAACUUGGACAGGGUGCGUCUUUGCCGGACACCGCCACUAGAACUUGGACAGGGUGCGUCUUUGCCGGACACCCCCACUAGGGUGCGUCUUUGCCGGACACCGCCACUAGAACUUGGACAGGGUGCGUCUUUGCCGGACACCCCCACUAGGGUGCGUCUUUGCCGGACACCUUGGAUUGUUGUCCCCCCAAGGUCCGGUCUGACAAUGGACCCUCUGCUAACCGGGGCCACAUCUGGGGAAGAAUCUCAUCUUGCUGAAGAAGGAGAGGAGGUGGACCCACGAAUUCAAGGAGAACUGGAGAAGUUGAACCAGUCCACAGAUGACAUCAACCGCUUGGAGACGGAGCUGGAGGAAUUUCGUCAGCGGUUUCGUGCGGUUCUGGUGGAAGCAACACUCAAGCUAGACGAGCAGGUGAAGAAAAUCGGCCGUGCUGUGGAUGACUCCAAACCAUACUGGGAAGCGCGCAAAGUGGCCAGACAGGCCCAGCUUGAAGCCCAGAAGGCCAGCCAGGAGUUCCAGCGGGCGCUGGAGAUCCUGCGGGCCGCCAAGGAGACCAUCGCCCUGGCCGAGGAGAGACUGCUGGAGGAGGACGGCCGCCACUUGGACUCGGCCUGGCAGGAAAUGCUCAACCACGCCACUCAGAGGGUGGUGGAGGCGGAGCAGAGCAGAGUCCGCAGCGAGGCCGAGCACAAGAAGACGGCGGCCAGGCACCACUUGUGUGUCGGACACAUGAAGCAAGUGGAGAAGAAACUCAGACGCUCCGUCAGCAAAUCCAAGCCAUAUUUUGAACUGAAGGCCAAGUAUUAUCUCCAGCUCGAGCAACUGAAGCGUCACGUAGACCAAGGUCAGGCCGAGCUGGGAGCAGCAAAGGCCGAGUAUCGUGCGGCCCUACGCAACCUGGAGGGCAUCUCCGAGGAGAUCCACGCCCGGCGCCGCUCCGUGGCCAUGGGCUCCCGGGAGCGAGGCGCGGGCUCAGAGGGCCACGGCGAGGACGUGGACAGCUUUAAGAUGGAUCCUGACGGCCUGUCCAUGGUGUCGCUGUCCAUGGACGACACGCACAGCAGCAGCUCAGAGGACGACACCCCGCCCUCCCCCUCCCCCUCCUCCUCCUCGUCCUGCGCCGGCGCCCCAGAGGAGUUCCCCAGCCCGGCCCAGACUCAGGGUGUGCUGGUGGGCACGGCUCGCCACUCCUGGACCCUCGGAGCCAACGCAGCGGGGCGUCCUCUCCAGACUGCCACCAGGACAGAGGUGUGAAUUCAAAAAGGUGACCGAGCAGAGGUGACGUCAGAAGGCGGGGCCUGAGCAGAGGUGACGUCAGAAGGCGGCCUGAGCAAGCUUCACUUGACUGUAGCAACAAGACAGAAAGCAAAGAACUCUCUUUAGCCUUUAGACCACCUUUCUGCUGCCAAACUGCGUUAAACCGGAGGAAAUCCUCGCCGUGAACAGCAGCGUGGCAUUGUGAUGACGUCAGCGGUCAGGACUUGUAUCCGCCUCCUUCUCUUGCGCGCCAUCCUGUGGUUUGGUGUUGUACUGCAGGUAAAAUAAUUACAUCAGUCCUGCUAAAGGAUGAAAGUAGAUAAUGCACACACAUUUAUCGUGAUUAGAAAACAUAUUUUAAUGACAGUGUGGUGCGAGAGCGAAUGUUUUUUUUGUGUUUUUUUUUUUUUUGCAAAUAUAUUUUAUUAGAUAUUACAGUUAAAAUGACAAACAGUCAUACUUUGCUCACACAAACCCUUCAUACAGGCACACAUCUACUCAUACACCCUUGAGGAGAGAGGUGCACGUGAACUUUAACAACUCAAGGUUUACAUUAUUAGAAAAGAUACCUAAAUAUUAUAUAUAUAUUAGGGGUGGGCCAAUUAAUGCGUUAAUUACGAAUUAAGUCAUCAAUCUAUUAACGCCGACAAUUAUUUUAUCGCACAUUUGUGUAUGUUGUUUACAUGCUUUUAUUUUGUUAACGCCUUUUCUUAACAAGAUGGCGUCGCCCGGCGUCAAGGGGCUCUUGGUUAAGAUGGAACAUUUGGCAAAAAUACCGGACAAUUCUGCAAAUGUCAUGGCUGUCUUACAGCGUGGUCACUCCGGGAUCACUUACGACCGCCAGACAAUUCUGAAUGUGGAUAGAUCGGGCCGUUUUGGACUGAAUGAGGCGUGCUUGCUAGACCGGCUAGCUAGCAUGGGAAUACAUCCAGCGGCCUGUGAAGCAGCGGAGUAUAUGUGUUGUCUGUCUAUUUAUGAAUAAUGCAGACCAGGAGUGUUGGCUGAGUUCUUAACGUUUGCUUUCAGAGCGUGCAUAUCACAACAUACAAGAUGUCGUCAUGGCGACACAACCUAUACCGGGCUACCGCGCAUGCUCGUCACUCCUGUUGCAUGCUGGGUAGGGUAGUUCUUUUUUUCCCUGGCUCAUAACAUCACAAUAUAGUACCAUGUAUAUGAUGCGUUCAGUUUAUCAAAGCACCAAGCAAAAUUCCCAUCAUAUCAAUUCCUAGAUAUGGUCAUAAUUAUUUUAAGUGCACUACGCAGAAUAAACACAACAUUAUUAAUAUUUCUACUACAGAUAAUUUGAUCAAAAAUUCCCUAAAACAGCCCACUACCUAUAAUAUAGGUUUUUUAAACAUAAGAACCCUGAUAAAAAAAAUGUUUCUGCUGUUACCUCAGAAAUUGCCUGUUCAGAUGUUAUGAUUGUGGCUCAGAGAUUUGUAUGUAGAUUAUAUUUAUUUUCCAUAACAAACAGGAUAACUUAAAUACCCUGGCAGUGGCAAUAAGCUUAAAUGUUUGUAUUUACAUUUUUGGAGUUGAUUUUCAUAAAAUAUGCUAUUUAACUGCUACUGUUUAACAAGGACUGAUUUAAAUUGUGUUUGCACAACAAAUGUUUUGGCGCUUUUGUUCAUGUGGGAGAAUAUUCCAAUAAAGGUGCACUACACGCUACUUUUGAAUUCAUUAUUGGGCUUUGUGUAUACAAUGCAGUUAAUCGCGAUUAAUCGGAGAAAUAGAGCGAUUAACUUCGAUUAACAUUCGUAAUCGUUGCCCAGCCCUAAUAUAUAUAUAUGUAAAGAUAUAUAUCCAUCUAUCCGCUGUGGCUCACGAUCAGCAGGCUAUCCAGACCACAGCAAAAUGGAUGAAUAUUCCUUUGGCAUCAAGGAUCCUCAGGAAGUGAUCACAAGAUCACCUCCUGAGGGCGUCCACCAUACACACUUAAGAAGGAAAAAAAAAAAAAAGUAAAAAUUACAGGGCUUGAUCAAUACAAAACAAUAAUCACAAAAAAAGCAAGUAAACCGUGACAAAAAACCAUACCAAAAGUGACACAAGAAAAACAAUUGUAGUGUUGAAUCAAUACAAAAAAUAAUAACAAUAAAAAAAAAGAUGGCAGUUUUGUUUUCCUUUAAAUGUCUAUAAGUUAUGAUUCAAUAUAUGUCAGUAAAGGUUUCCAGGUUCA